ACUCGUCAAUCGAUGAGAACCAUUAUUUGUGUGGAUAUUUUGAAUAAAUAUUUAUCUUUCAAGAAAGGAUCUUAAUUGAUGUUAAAUGUUAAAUCAUCUGCAUAGAAAAUCUAUGAGUUCAUUAAAGAUUCGAAAUCGACCUCAGCAGUGUGUUUCUGUUAUAAAUUUGAACAAAUUAUGAUGGGUAAUAUUGUGUUUUUUCCAAAAUGGUGGGUGUUUGUUUUUGGUUUAACGUAAUAUUCGUAAUAAGUUUAUGUUUGGCGAAACCAAAAGAUUGUCCCAAAGUUUGUACUUGCUUGGGUUCAUAUGUAGACUGUGCAUCAAAGAGAUUUGAGACAAUUCCUUCCAACAUCCCAAAAUGGGCAACACACUUGGAUUUACAGAAUAAUUCCAUCAAAAAACUGACUGACAUCAACUGGAGGCAGUUGUCUGACUUGAAAGAAUUGAUUUUAAACAAAAAUAGCAUUGCUGUUAUUCCUCAAGAUGCAUUGCAGUACCAGAGUCAGCUCAAAAUCUUAGAGCUCAACCGCAAUAAAAUCAGAGUAAUAGAAGGACUGAAUUUCAAAUCUCUUGGCCAUUUGAGCACUCUGAAACUGAAAAGAAACCAAAUUACUGAACUCAAAGAUGGAGCUUUUUAUGGACUUAUGAAAAUCGAUAAACUGAUAUUGGACUACAACCUCCUGAAAGUGAUAUCUAAAACAUGGUUGUACGGAUUAGAAGCUUUGAAGGAACUGUCAGUGAAUCAUAACUUUAUCAACAAAAUUGAACAGGACUCAUGGGAAUUUUGUCAUACUCUGCUACUUCUUGACCUUUCCUUCAACAACCUAGAGUCCAUUGAAGAAGAUACAUUCAAAAAUCUAGGACACUUGCAAAAACUGUCGUUGAAUGAUAACAACAUAACAUACAUCAAAGACAAGGCUUUUGUUCAUUUAUCAAAAUUGAGAUUCUUAAAUUUGAAUAACAAUAAAAUUUGGGUGACGGUUGAAGAUUCAAGUGGUGUAUUUCAAGGACUUGGUGAUUUGAUGAAAUUCCAUCUGGCAGGAAAUAAAAUCAAGUCUAUAAAUGCUGAUGCCUUUUUAGGACUGAAAAAUGUUAGCCAUCUGAAUUUGGGUAACAAUAACAUAACUUCUAUACAGAAUAAUGCCUUUGCAGAACUACCCCAUCUGAAGGACUUGGUUAUAAACACCACCAGCUUACUAUGUGACUGCAAUUUGAGAUGGUUUUUCGACUGGUUGAAUUUAAAACAAUUGAAAGUACAGGCAACCAUUUGUGCCUACCCGGACUGGUUACGUGGUCAGUCUCUACUAUUAGUAACCAGUAAUUUGACUUGCGACGAAUUGCCAAAGCCUAGGUUAAUCGAAGAACCUGACCCAGCCAUAAUGGCUUUGAAAGGGGAAAACGUAACUCUCGCAUGCAGAGCCAUGUCCAGUUCACCAAGCCAAAUGACCUUUUUCUGGAAAAAAGACAACAUCGAACUAGUCAAUCCAAACGUCGUUGUUAAAUCCAGAACAGACGAAGAUGGAAAAUCCACUGAAACCAGUUCCCAUCUGCAUCUGCUGAAAGUAGAAAACUCUGAUGCAGGGAAGUACCAGUGUGUGGUGUCCAACAGCUUCGGUACCACGUAUUCCCAAAAAUCCACGAUAUCAGUGCUGGUCUAUCCUACUUUCACCAAAGUUCCUAAGAACGUAACGGUACACGCCAGCGAGACAGUCAAAUGGGAGUGUGCGGCAGACGGAGAGCCGCCUCCACAGAUCGCUUGGCACAAAGGCGGGGGAGACGAUUUCCCUGCAGCCAGAGAGAGGCGGAUGCAGGUCAUGCCGCUGGACGAUGUGUUUUUCAUUAUCGAUGCUAAGCCGAUCGACAUGGGGAUUUAUAGUUGUACUGCUCAUAAUGCAGCAGGCACAAUCGUCGCAAAUGUGUCACUGGCCGUGGAAGAGAGGCCUUCUCUCAUUAAAAAGAACGGGGACAAAGAAGUGACCGCCGGCGAACAUGUGGUCCUCCAGUGUCUCGCCAAAGGUUUGCCGAAACCUACCAUCACCUGGAUGAAGAACGGCGAACCCAUCAUACCGACUGAGCGGCACUUUUUCAUCCACGAGGACCAAAUGGUGAUCAUUGUUGACUCCGUGCAGUCCGAUUCUGGGACCUACGAAUGCCAUCUGAACAAUUCCCUUGGUGAGGAGACCGGAAGAAGUAGGAUCGUGGUUAAACCAAGACCAGAAGACAAUAUUGGCCUGAAUCAGAAAGACACCUAUAAUACGAGCAACAUGAUGGGCUAUAUAAUGAUCUCUGUGGUCUGCUGUGCCGUCCUGACCUCCAUCAUAUGGGUAGUCAUAAUCUACCAAACGAGGCGCAAAAUGGCGCCCCAGGUCAUCCAGACCGAAAUGCAGGAGCUUCCCGAAGCCACCGAGGGCAGUCGAACACUCCAUAUGCAGCUGCAAAUGUGCCCCGAUAAUGUCUCCGACCAAUCGUCUUGCAAAGAUAGCGGGACAGGGGACUCUGCGAAACGCAGCAGCGACGAUUUGGUCCCCGAAGAAUUCUCUGUGGUCAUGAACGGUGAGAACGAGGCGGACAACUCUCAUUCGCCGCUGUUGCUCUUUCCGACUAACCAUGACAGGAUUGUCAGAAUGAGUGGGUCUCCGGAUGCGGGGGAGCCUGUGGAUGUGUAAUAAGUUGUUUGCUUGUUGGGACAAUCCGAAUGUGUGGAAAGUGACGCAUCAUAUUUGCACAGGUCUCAGUUAUACAUGCCAGAGACAUAAACCUUGAAUUCUCAUUUAUAAUUUGAUCAACGUCAAUAAUAAUCCGCUACAGCUACUGGUCUCAGAAUUGUUCUUCUUACCGUCUUAUCAGCAAUUUUUCUAUUGGAUUCUGGAACACACUCCUCAUUAUUUGCAUGAUUCAUCAUAUGUUACGAAUUUGAAAAAAGAUUGACAUCAGUUGUAAAAAUACUUUCAAGAUCGUAUUUUCGGUAGUUCUCUAACAAAUCACGAAAUUUUUCCAUUUUCCUUGUGAACGUGAACGGCUUAGGUGCAUACAGGGUGGGCUAUUGAUAAAGUUCCUGAAGGCAUAACUGCUAGGAAAAUAUCUUGUCGAAAAAACCUGAAACAUAACGAAUUCUUUUGUUUUUCAAUUUUGGUCUACCCGUUUCAUAGAAAAGAUAUGGAGUGAUGAAGUGUUAUCAAAACAUUUCCCGAAAAAUGCGAACAUUUCGAUAUUUCUUGAAACUACUGAGCGCCUAUCUUGAUCGAAUAGAAUUUUGCAUCUGCAAAUCGAAAAACAUGAAAAACUGAUUUGUCCCAAUAAACUAUUUUGAAAAUUUACUUCAAUUAUACGGUAACAGCUAUGCUUUCCGGCACGAUUUCGAUAUCCCACUCUUUUUUGCGCAUGUUGAUGUAAAUUACGUGUAUACAGUAAUGUCAAUAAGCAACGGAUAUAUCCAGGAUACGCUUUUUGAAAGCCGUCGUCUGACUUUUCAAAUCGUUCAUCCUUGUACACCUGUUAGAGGUGAUCCAUGAAUGAAUUUUUCCAAAUGAAUUACCUCACAGUUCACUGAAUAUUCGGAUUCUUUGUGAAAUUCAGUUACAGAAAUAGUCUUCUGAAAUGGAGGUACUUUGUUUGAGAAUAAUCAUGGAUCCAAACCUUUUUACUCUUUAAAUAUGGAACUAGUAAUAAAUCGUGUUUUUAAAGGUUUAUUUUCAUGAAUAGGUUUAUCUAAUUACUGUGAGGUAUGAUGUGUCAUUUUCAUUUUAUAAUUGGUGUUGCAGAUUACAGUGUUGAGAGUAGACAAAUCUUGGUUACAGUACUAGGGUUUUUCGAAUGAUAAUGCUGGGCGUUUCAGGUUCGAGCUUCAGUUUCACCUAGUGAAUAAUAAGUUCAAUCCAAACAAUAUUUACAAGAAGAAGUAUUACGAAAGCAUCUACUUACUAAUUCAAAUUCUAUAGAAGUUAUGAUUCUGGAU